AGUGCGCAGCCGCUGCGGGGGAAUGGUGCACCUUGGCGGCUGUGUGACUCUUCAACUUAGUUGCGUGUGCGCGUAAAGUUCCAGGGCGUCUCUCCUGUGUGCAGCUCCAAAUGGCUGCAAUCUCUCCUGCUGCGGGCGCGCGCGCGCGCGCGUCUGGCGCCGCUUUUCUCGCCCUGGCGCUCCUCCUCGCAACAACGAGUGACGCGGAGUUCCGGAACCAGCACGGACUGUCCUACGCGCUGAGGUCCGAGCUGUCCGAGGACACAGUGCUGGUGGCCAACAACGGCAUCCGGGUGCCUUUGGGGAGGUCAGUCUUUGUAGAUCCCAUCAACGACCUGGUGAUUCAAGUUCGACCCGGCGACAGGUGCAGCAUCACCGUCCUAGACAAUGACCCUCUGUCCCAGAGGCCCGGAGCCCUAACCCCGAAAAAGUUCCCUUGUGAAUUUGGCCCGCACGAUGUCAGGUAUUCCCACUUUGGCUCCCGCAGUCCAGCCAGGGACCGGGUGAAACUGCAGCUUAGGUACGACACGCAGACGGACACCAUUGUGAUCCCUUUCAUGGUGGAGGUGGAGGUGGUUUUCACGCAGCUGGAGGUGCUGACCAAAAACCUGCCGAUCACCGUGGAGAAGCCGCUGGGCACCAGCAACCCCGUCGACAGGCGUGUUUUGGAAUUUACGUUCGACAGGCAGGCGCAGCGUUGCAGGGUCACCCCUCUGUCCGGUGGCGGCGUGCUGCCCAAGUACGGAAGCCUGGUGGACGGGAGCAGCCUGGCGACGGGAAUGACCGACUGCGACGACUUCAUCCGGAUGGACCUCCGCUAUCGGCACACAUUUGCGUUGAAGUCGCCGAGCAGAGAUCACAUCCCCGUGGUGGUGGAGCUGCAAGACAAGGAGGGCAACCUACUCAAGCAGGAGUUCUUCCAAAUCUUGGUGAGGAUUAAAGAGGGCGAGGAGAACACGGCGCCCAAGCCCAGCUUCGUGGCCAUGAUGAUGAUGGAAGUGGACCAGUUCGUCAUGACGGCCCUGACCGGCGACAUGCUGGCUGCCGAGGACGCCGAAUCGGACCCCGAUGAGUUAAUUUUCAACAUCACGUCGCCGUUGUCCUACGAGGAGGGUUACAUUGUGAGCACAGACGACAGGAAUUUACCCCUGACCUCCUUUUACCAGGGCGACCUCAAAGACUUCAAGAUCGCCUACAAGCCCCCUGCGGUGGACUCAGACAGCGAACGAAUUUUCCAGCUGGAGUUUGAGGUGGUGGACACGGAAGGGGCCGUGUCGGACCCUUUCGCUUUCAUGAUCGUCGUUAAGCCCAUGAACACUUUGGCCCCCGUGGUGACCAAAAACACCGGUCAGUUGCUGUACGAGGGGCAGUCCCGGCCAUUGUCCAGCUCUCAAAAUCUCGAAAUCAGUGAUGAAGACAAUCUGGACAAAGUCAGAAUUGCGGUGAUUGACGGCCUGAAGCACGGGGACUUAACCGUGCCGGGCUCCGGCAGGAAGUUUUUCACGCCGGCCGACCUCAAUGCCGGCCAAGUCAUUUAUCAGCACGACGGCAGCGACACGUACAGUGAUAACAUCGUUUUUCGAAUGACGGACGGCUCGCAUGAGGUGGAGUUUCUGUUCCCCAUCACCGUCGUUCCCACCGACGACGAGCCGCCGAUAGUCAACGCCAACACCGGUUUGGUUCUCUUCAAGAACCAAAUGAUGCCCAUCUCUUCCCUCGUGCUCAGCGCGGCGGACAUCGACUCGGAGGACUCCACCAUCAAAUUCACAAUCCAGCCCCCCUUUUCCACCUUCGGGCAGGUGCUGCUGCGCCAGGCCGAGGCCCCGGAGGACCCGUCGACAUGGAAGUUCAACACUGAGGAGGAAAUGUACGAGAAGGCGGUGACUGAAUGGCUGCAGCGGGACGUGACUGAUGGCAAAGUCUUUUACAAGCACAUUGGACCACACAGCGCCAGCACGAUCACGGAUCAGUUCAGGUUUCACGUUCAAGAUGACAACGACCCCCCCAACCGGUCAGAGGAGAGCUCGUUCGUUAUCAAAGUCCUCCCUGUGGAUGACCUCCCACCUGAGCUGCACCCGGAGGCCACGCUACAAAUGACCGUGCAUGAGUAUCAGCUCACGCACUUGCGGAAGAAGUUCAUACGCUACACGGAUCUCGACUCGGAGGAUCGCGACCUCAGAUACGCCGUUGCCCAGCCGCCGACGGACACGGACGAAAACAGCCCCGUUGUACUGGGCGCUCUGGUUCUGACCGAAGACCCCAAAGUUGAAGUCACAACUUUCACUCAGGCUCAAAUCAACCAUCACAAAAUAGCAUACAAACCGCCUGAUCUGGAGCUGGGAAUCACCACGCACAUUUUGCAGUUCAGAUACACGGUGGAGGAUGUUUCGGGGAACGGCGUUGAAGGCGUUUUCACGAUAUUCCUUAAGCCCGUGGACAACAAGCCGCCGCAGAUUACCAACUCUGGAUUCACAGUGCUGGAGCGGGGCGCACAUACCAUUACCACUACUGAGCUGUACACCUCAGACUCAGACACAGACAGCAAACUGAUCUCUUUUACUGUUUCUCAGCCUCCCCUGCAUGGCCACGUGCAAUUCAUGUUCACGGACAUGACGAGAGGGGACGCUUUUAGCCUGAAAGACAUUGACAACGGUCGAGUUUCUUAUUUACACAACGGGGAUGAAUCAAUAGCAGACUCAAUACAAAUAGAUGUCAGCGAUGGAGUCCACGUGGUCCCAAUUAAAGUGAAGAUCAACGUGAAGCCAAUUGAUGAUGAGAUCCCGGCUAUCAGCCUCCCGGCAGGUACAAUUGGCUCCUCUAUUGAUGUGCUGGAGAACGGGGCCACUGAAAUUACCAGUAACGUCAUUCAGGGGAGAGACGAGGACACGGACGACCUCCGUUUGACCUUCAUCUUGGAGGACCCGCCGUCGUUGGGUGAAAUUCUGGUUCGAGGGCUCCCGUCGUCCGUGUUCACCCAGGCCGAUAUCAUCAACGGCCAUGUGAUCUACACUCACACCAGCGGUGAAUUGGGUUUUACCACCAAAGAGGAUAUUUUCAAUUUAACUCUGACGGACAUGUCUGAUGAAUGGACGGUGGGAGGUAAUAAGAUUACUGGUGUCAGAGUGCAUGUGACCAUUCUACCACUGGACAGCCAGGCCCCACAGGUUUUUGUGGGCAAACUAUUUUCCGUCCCCGAGGGCGAGAAAAAUGCUAUUCGGACUCAUCAUAUCAGUGCCGAUGAUAUCGACACCCUCAUCGAAGACCUCCUGUGCACCAUCAUCGUGCAGCCGACUUCGGGCUACGUGGAAAAUAUCUCCCCGGCCCCUGGCUCGGAAAAAUCCAGGUCCGGCGUGGCUGUCAGCGCCUUCACCAUCAAGGACAUUCAGCAGCAUCACAUUUACUACGUUCAAAGCAUCCACAGAGGCGUGGAGCCGGUGGAGGACAGGUUUACAUUCAGAUGCUCUGACGGCAUCAAUUUCUCAGAGAGGCACUUUUUCCCCAUUUCCAUCGUCCCGGCUAACGACGAAAAGCCCGAGAUUUACAUGAGGGAGUUCGUCGUCAUGGAGGGCAUGAACAUAGUCAUCGACACCCCCAUUUUGAACGCCGCUGACGCCGACGUCCCCUCCGACCAGCUCACUUUCAUCAUCGCCAGACCCCCCGCGCACGGAUUUAUUCUCAAUCAGCUCACCACGGGCACGGUGCCCGUCUCCAACUUCACCUUGGAGCAGAUCAGCGAGGCCUCCAGCGUUGUGUACGAGCACGACGACUCGGAGACCACGCAGGACAGCUUCGAUGUGCUCCUCACUGACGGAAAGUUCCGCGUGCAGAAAACGGCGAUCGUCAUGAUAAUCCCCGUGGACGAUGAGACGCCCAGGAUGGCGAUCAACGACGGCCUCGACGUCGAAGUGGGCGACGUGAAAGUCAUCAACGGUGACAUUUUAAGAGCGACCGAUCUGGACUCGGAGGACAGCACGCUGACCUAUAUCAUUCGCUACGUGCCCAGACAGGGGUAUUUGCAGAAAACAAUGUCAAACGGGAUGCUGCACAACAUAACCGUGGGGAUGAAUUUCACCCAGGAAGAUUUGGACCAGGGUUUGAUCAUCUACGUGCACAACGGCCAAGAGGGAGUUCGCGACCUCAUCAAAUUCGACGUGACGGACGGCUACAACCAUUUGAUUGACAGAUACUUUUACGUUACAGUGGGUGGCAUUGACAUGGUUUUCCCUUACGUAGUGAGUAAAGGUGUGUCCCUGAAAGAGGGUGGCAGGGUCACUCUGACGACAGACCUGCUCAGCACCAGUGAUCACAACAGCCCGGAUGAGCAUUUAGUUUUUACAAUCACUCGCGCUCCGGUGCGCGGCCACCUGGAGUGCACGGACACGCCUGGAAUGCCUAUCUCGUCCUUCACGCAGCUUCAGCUGGCUGGCAACAAAGUCUACUACAUCCACACAGCCGAGGACGAAGUCAAAAUGGACAGCUUUGAGUUUGAAGUGACCGACGGCUACAACCCCGUGUUCCGCACGUUUCGCAUAGCCAUUACGGAUGUAGACAACAAAAAGCCGGUGGUCACGGUGCACGGCCUGGUGGUGAUGGAGGGUGAGAACAAGCUCAUCACGCCUUUCGAGCUCACGGCGGAGGACAGAGACACGGCAGACCGACUCCUGAAGUUCACGGUCACCCAGAUCCCCGUUCACGGCCGCCUGCUCUUCAACGCCACCCGGCCGGUCGCCUCCUUCACCGAGCAGGAUCUGAACGACAACAUGAUCAGUUACAAGCAUGACGGCACCGAGAGCGCAGAGGAUAGCUUCUCCUUCACCGUCACAGACGGCACCCACACCGACUUCUACCUCUUCCCCGACACUGUCUUCGAGACCCGAAAGCCCCAGGUCAUGAAGAUUAGCAUCCUCCCUUUGGACAACGGCGUGCCACAGAUCGGGGUGAACAAGGGUGCCCCGACGUUGCGGGUUCUAGACGGUGGCCACCUGGGCUUUGUGAUGACCAGCAAAUCCCUCAGAGCAGAAGACCGAGACAGCACGCAGGGUUCUGUGCUCUUUAGGAUUACCAACGCACCGAAGCAUGGCUACCUGAUCAACACGGGAAAAGGAAACGCCACCAUCACCACUUUCACACAAGCGGACAUCAACAACAUGAACAUCUGCUACAUCCUGACGAAGGGAGACGACGCCACGAACGACAUCUUCCAUUUCUCUAUCGAAGACAGCGGAGGCAACAAACUGAGGAACCAGCAAUUUCGUCUCAACUGGGCCUGGAUCUCAUUGGAGAAGAAGCACUACGUGGUGGACGAGGAGGUCAAGUUCCUGGAGGUGGUGCUAAAACGGCGAGGCUACCUGGGGGAGACCUCCUUUGUUAGCAUCGGCACCAAGGACGGAACGGCGCUCAAGGACAAAGAUUUCCGCGGCAAAGCUCAGAAGCAGGUGCAAUUCAACCCGGGCCAGACCGCGGCCACCUGGAAAGUCCGCAUCCUGUCAGAUAGCGAGUACGAGGUGUCCGAGACCUUCCAGAUUGUCCUCUCCGAGCCCGUGAUGGCAGUCCUUGAAUUCCCAGAGGCCGCAGACGUGGAGAUUGUGGACCCUGGUGACGAGUCGUCCGUGUUCAUCCCGGCGGCGGCGUACAGCAUCGAGGAGGACGUCGGCGAGCUGUUGGUGCCGGUCAGGCGCAGCGGCGACGUCGGCCAGGAGCUGAUGGUGGUCUGCUUCACCCAGCAAGUGUCGGCCGCAGGCACCGUGCCCACCACCGUGCUGUCCUACUCGGACUACAUCUCGCGGCCGGAGGACCACCGCAGCGUUCUGCGUUUCGACAAGGGCGAGCUGGAGAAGCCGUGCCGCGUGGUGAUCAUCGACGACUCCCUGUACGAGGCCGAGGAGAGCUUCAACCUCACCCUCAGCGUGCCCGUGGGGGGCCGCCUGGGCGCCCGCUUCCCCAGCACCAGGAUCACCAUUGUGCCUGACAUGGAUGACGCCCCCGUCUUCUACUUUGGCAACACCAACCACCACGUGGACGAGAGCGACGGCUUCGUGGAGGUGCAGGUGUGGAGGACGGGAAGCGACCUGUCCAAAGCCGGCGCCGUCACGGUGCGCUCCCGAAAGACGGAUCCGGUCUCGGCGCAGGCCGGAGCGGAUUACGUGGGGAUCAGCCGGAAUCUGGACUUCGCGCCGGGCGUCGCCAUGCAGACGUUCCGCGUGACCAUCCUGGACGACCUGGGCCAGCCGGUGCUGGAGGGCCCCGAGACGUUUGAGCUGGUGCUGCAGAUGCCCGUCAACGGGGUCCUCGGGGAACCCGGCAAGGCCGGCAUCCUCAUCAACGACUCCGUGUCAGACCUGCCAAAGGUGCAGUUCCGUGACGCUCUCUACGUGGGCCACGAGAAGUCGGGGCGGAUUUCGGCGACCGUGUACCGUAGCGGCGACAUCGGCCACAAGUCCACCGUGCGCUGCUACAGCAGGCAAGGGACGGCCCAGGUCAUGAUGGACUUCAACGAGCGGCCCAACACCGACGCCUCCGUCAUCACUUUCUUACCAGGUGAGGUCGAGAAGCCUUGUGACCUGGAGUUGGUGGAUGACACGGAGCACGAGGAAGAGGAGGAGCUGCGUCUCGUGCUUGGAAGCCCAAAAAGCGAUUCGCCCUUCGGCGCUUCCAUCGGACGUCAAAACGAAACGCUCAUUAGAAUAAAAGAUGAUGCUGACAAGGCCGUCAUUAAGUUUGGCGAGACCAAAUUCAGCGUGAACGAACCCAAGGAACGCGGCCAAGUAUCUGUGGUGAGAAUCCCCGUGCUGCGCGUGGGGGACUCCUCCAAGGUGUCAGUCGUCCGAGUCCACACCAAAGAUGGAUCCGCCACCUCGGGCGAGGACUACCAUCCCAUAUCUGAGGAGCUCGUGUUCAGGGAAGGUGACACGGAGCACUAUGUGGAGCUGGAGGUUUUAUACGACGGCGUCAGAGAGAUGAGGGAGGCCUUCACCGUGCACCUGAAACCGGACGAGAACAUGGUGGCAGAGACACAGCUGACCAAAGCCAUCAUCUACAUCGAGGAGACCAACAGCAUGGCAGAUGUUACCUUCCCCUCGGUGCCCAGGGUGCUUUCUUUGCUUCAUUACGACGGCGUGGACAAGCACAGAGACUCUUUCCCCGCGGCCGGCUACCCGGUCGUUUGUGUCACCGCGUGCAACCUCAAAUACCCGGACUACGACAAAACGGGCUCCAUCUGCGUGAGCGAGAACAUCAACAACACUCUGACGCGCUACCGCUGGCUCGUCAGCGCCCCUAAGGGCCCGGACGGCGUCACCGGCCCGAUGCGAGAAGUAGACUUCGACACCUUCUUCACCUCGUCCAAGCUCAUCACGCUGGACUCGGUCUACUUCCAGGCCGGCUCCAGGGUGCAAUGCGCCGCCAGGGCCGUCAACUCGGACGGCGACGAGGGGCUGGAGCUCAGCAGCCCCGUGGUGACCAUCAGUACGGACGAGGGCAUGUGCCAGCCUCGCGUGGCGGGCACGGUGGGAGCCGAGCCUUUCUCUGCCAAGCUGCGUUACACCGGAGCCGAGGACCCCGACCAUCCCAAUCUCAUCAAGCUGACUGUCACCAUGCCUCAUAUUGACGGUAUGCUACCCGUGGUGUCCACUCGCGCCUUGUCGAACUUUGAGCUCACCCUCAGCCCGGACGGCACCCGCGUGGGCAACCACCGCUGCUCCAACCUGCUGGACUACUCCGAAGUCAAGACGCGCCACGGCUUCCUCACCGACGCCACCAAGAACCCGCACGUGAUCGGCGAGACGGCGCCCUACCAGUACAGCGCCGCGUUGAGGGGCGCCGCCACGCUGCGCUUCUACCGCAACCUUAACCUGGAGGCGUGUUUGUGGGAGUUCACCAGCUACUACGACAUGUCCGAGCUGCUCAGUGACUGCGGCGGAAGCAUCGGCACUGAUGGACAGGUCCUGAACCUGGUGCAGUCCUACGUGACACUGCGCGUGCCGCUCCACGUGUCCUACGUGUUCCACUCGCCGGCGGGCGCAGGCGGCUGGCAGCAUUUUGACCUGCAGUCGGAGCUGAGGCUCACCUUCGUGUACGACACCGCCAUCUUGUGGAGGGACGGCAUCGGCAGCCCGCCGGAGGCGGAGCUCCAAGGCGCGCUCUACCCGACCAGCAUGCGCAUUAACGAGCAGGGACGCCUGGUGGUCAACUUCCGCACCGAAGCCCGAUUUAGAGGCCUGUUUGUCUCCAGGCAUCCCGCCUCUGCGCUCACCUCCAUGGUCAUGUGCGCCGACCACCCCGGUGUGACGUUCAACCUCAGCCUGGUGCGCAGCGAGCCCACCUACAACCAGCCCAUCCAACAGUGGACCUUCGUCUCGGACUUUGCCGUACGCGACUACUCUGGCGCGUACACGGUGAAGCUGCUGCCGUGCACGUCGCCGCCCAGCCUGGAGUUCGCCGUCCCGCCCGUGUGCCACCCGAGAGAGCCCGUCACCUUUGACCUGGACAUCCGAUUUCAGCAGGUGAGCGAUCCGGUGGCUGCAGAGUUCAGUCUGAACACGGAGAUGAUCCUGCUCUCCAAAAAGACUCUGUGGCUCUCCGACGGCUCCACGGGCUUCGGCCAGAACAGCGACACGGCUUUCUCGCUAGGCGACACGCUCUACGGGCGCGUCAUGGUGGACCCGGUGCAGAACCUGGGCGACUCUUUCAUCUGCAACAUCGAGAAGGUUUUCCUGUGCACGGGCGCCGACGGCUACGUGCCCAAGUACGACCCCGAUCGCUUUGAGUUCGGCUGCCUGGCUGACGCGCCGUCGCUCCUCUACAGAUUCAAAAUUAUCGACAAAGCCCAGCCCGAAGGCCAGGCCAGAUCUUUUGGGAACGUGGCCUUCGGCGCCCUCCUAGCGGUGGACGACCCGGCCGCUUUAGCUCUGGUCAGACAGCCUGGAUCGGAUGGAUUCAGCAUGGAUUCCACCGCCCUCUUCCAGGUGUCCGCGGGCCGAGAGUGGUACAUCCACACCAUCUACACCGUCCGCUCCCGGGACAACGCCAACCGGGGCAUCGGCAAGCGCAGCCUGGAGUACCACGCGCUCGGCCGGCACCGCAGGUCCGCCGACGUCCAGGAAAUCGGCGCCGACAACAACCGCGGCACCAACAUCCUCCACGUCACGCUGAACCGCGGCAGCCAUCGCGGGAGGAGCCACGGCCCCGAGGGGGACGCCUUCGUCCCCGAGGGGGCGGUCCCGCGUGAGCUCGGCCACGCCGAGGACGGCGCCGACGACCGGGGCGACGGGCCGGCGCUGAUCGUGGGCGUGGCGGUCGGGGUGCUGCUCGCCGUCCUGGUCGUCGCGGCGGCGACGGCGCUGGUGCGACGCAAGCGGGACGCGAAGGACACGCCCGCCGCCUCGCCGAGCGCCCGGCCGAUGAUGGCGCAAGGACUCAGCGACAGCUCCGAGGUCUGAAACAGAAGGGUGGUUUGCGCCCAGGAGUACUAAGGUCACACCGAAAACAAAGAAAAGGAAAAAAAAAAAUUCUCAUGACACCAAAAACUAAAGACACAAUUCUACAAAACAAAAAAAAAAAGAAAUCAAAUUGUCAUAAUAUUGGAACAUUAUUGCUUCUCUUAUUUUUCCUUUGAAUAUUAGGACGUCGAAAAAAAAAUGGUUGUCAUUUUACGAGAAGAGAAAAAUCAGGACUGCAGAGGGGGGAAAAAAGUCAAAAGUUGGAAUUUUACUUUUUUUUUUUCUGUCACAAAAGUCAACAAGGAAAAUAAAUCAUGUUUUUUUUCAAGAAUGAAGUUGGAAGUCUGAAUAUUAUAUUAUUCCUUUGUUCUUGUCAUACUCUGACCUCGUAGUUAAAUUGUAGCUUUGUGAGAAUGAAAGCCAAAUUUCAAGACACAGACACAAUUCGAAUAAAAAAAAUUGAGAAUGUUGGUUUAAAAACGUUUUUAUGAUAAAGAGAUAGUACAUAACAUUUUUGUCAUAUUCUAACUUAAUAAAACACUUUUACAAGAACAAAGUCAUUAUUUGACAUGAAAAAAAAAUUGUAAUAAAGACAGAUUUUUUUUCAAACAAAAAGUCAAAAUAAAAGGAAGAAAGUUGUCAUUUUGUGUAAAAAUAUAUAUAUUGAGUCAAAGAUGAUAGUAUUUUUUUACAUGAUAUUUUGACGUGAAAAAAAAUUUAAGAAUGAAUAAAGUUACAAUUAUAGGAGAAAAAGUAAUUGUUCAAGGGAAAUACUAUAAAUGAAUGAUUUUUUUUCUUGUAAUAUUCCCCAAAAAAUUUAGCUUUGUGAUAACGAAUUCAGAUUUUUAUGAGAAAAGACACAAUCCAACAAAAUUAAUACAGUUGUCAUAUUAUGGAAAAUAAAAUUCCAACAGGAAGACACAGUAUUUUUUUUUUCCCUCUUCAUAUUUUGACUUAAAACGAAGUCUCGUCAUAAAUUUAAGAGAACAAACGAGAAACAUUUUUUAGGAAUUAAGUCAUUUUUCAGAGGAAAAAAAAGGAAAAAGUAAAGUCAUAGUGUUACACACAAAAAAAGAAUUUAAUGAAAAUUGAACAUUCUUUCAGAAAAUCUGAUUUUUUUUUUUUUCCAGUAAUAGUACAUUUUUUUGUGUGUGUUGUCAGUGUGUCCUUAGCACUCCUGUGUCAUUUUGCAAGUGCCUCACAUUUAAUGAACAACAAAAAAGACUUUUUGUGCGUCGAGCGCUUUUUUUGUUUUGUUUGGUUUUUUUGCUUGUGUUCUGAAAUCUACUUGAAACGUUGCCACUGUCGAUCCCGAAGGCGAGACGCCGCGUCGCAUCUCUUUCGAAGCUCUCGUCGGUCUUUGUCCUUGUUGUUUGUUUGACAUCACAACAACAACAAAAAAAACAACAACAACAAAAACCAAACAAAAAACACACGCAACAAAAAGAAGGCGUUACCGGUGUUUCCAAAGGUGCUAGCGGACACACCUCGACGCCGUCCUUCCACUCCAAACUGCGUGUUCGUGUUGUUGUUGUUUGGCCUGCUGGGUUAUUCGUGUGUUUUGAUUAUACAUCACAUUGUUGCGCACACGUGCAUGUCUUUAUGUGUUUUUAUACUCAAAACGUCAAACUGCCGAUUUGCUGAAGGCAAGAGCGUACCUACCGCUUGACAUCAGUUCAUUCAGUCAAGACCCAUUAACAGUGUCGAUAAUUACCCUUGGCAUUGACUAAAUUAGGGUUAGGAUUAAGGUUCAGGGUUAGGGCAGAGGUGGGUAGGGUCACCACAAAUUGGACUCAAGUGCGAGUGCUGUUACAUUGGAAUAAUAUGACUCAAGUAAAAGUGGUCCUCCAAAUAAUGACUUGACUAAAAGGAAGAGAG